AUGGAGGAGGCCCGCACCCCAAUGAGGUUAGAGAGUGGGUUGGUGAUUGCGAAGGAGAUCCACCCAAAAGAGGCAUAUCGAGCAACAAGGGCUGAUGUGGCAGCUACCAUGAGUAUGUGCAAUAGUAAAGGCUGGGCUGUUGGAGAGAUAGGCCUGGAUUACUCUACCAAAGAACAUCACACCCAGCUAAAGUUCAUCCUUGCGGAAUUUUUCCGCAGAGUUGACCCAUCCUUCAAUAUGGUGUUGCAUCUGAGAGGUGCAGAUGAGGACAGCUGCAGUCGAGUUUCCACCCAGGACUGCAUAACCCUUUUAGAUGGGUUGGGCGUGUCUAUCCAGGCACCUAUCUAUCUGCACUGCUUCUUAGGGGGCCCAGCACAGAUCAAACUCUGGAUAGAUACCGGGAGGCCGGUGUACUUUGGGGUGAGCGGAAGGGUCCGCAGCAUGUUGGAUACCCAACAGGAAGGCGUAAAAGCUAUCCCACAAGAUCGGAUACUGGUGGAGACAGAUAGUCCGUACCUGCCAUGUGGGGUUGGCCGUCCAAUGACGCCAAAACAUAUUGGAAAGGUGUACCAAUUGGUGGCAACUAUACGCGGAGAAUCUGCGGAAAACCUUGCAUAG